AUGGAAAGUAAAACAACAACAAAUAUGGAAUUAUGGACAAUUUCACUCGUAUCAUAUAUUGUACCUUUGGUACUACAUAGUAUAGGCAUAGUACUACUAUUAACAAGAAGUACAAACGUUAGCAGAAGUCAAACUAUAUUUAUGAUCAAUCUGAGUUUAUCUGAAAUUUGUUUAUCAGCAACUGGCGCUGCUUACAUUGUAUUGUACACAUUUUAUGGCGGACAAAACUUCGCAUAUCACAUUUCAAUGAUCUGUUUUUUAACUUCGUGUUUACCUUACUACGCGGUUAUGUAUAUUCUCACAUUAGACCGUUUAGCAGAAGUGUACUUAAACAUCCGUUAUCCUUUAUAUUGGUCCGCAAGAAAAACCAAAUACUGCAUGAUUACACUGUGGUUGAUAACCUUGUGUUUAUUAUUUUCACUUUUUGUUUAUAUUCGUAUCGAACCAUUACAUGGCUGCGCAAAGCUUGUAGAUUUUUCUUACGCUUAUGGUUUUCCAUGUGGCGAUCUUGUAUUUGUUAUUAUUGCCAUUUUGACGUACUUUUACAUCAUAAAAAAAAUUCGUCAAAAAAGAAAGGUAACAGCUAGGAUUUCAAUCCCUAUUGAGACCAUUACAUUUCACAAAGAAAAUAUUUCCACUCGAAAGGGACAUCGCCAAAACAAGGGGACUAGUCUACAUUUGUUAUUGCCAUUCCUGUUGGUGGUCAGUUUUGUGUUGUUCAUAGAAAUACCCGAUUUUAUAUUCUUUUUGGCUUACAGAAAUGUUAUAGGAAAUUCUUUCGCUCUGGAAAUUGCAGUCAACAUAAUGUACUCUAUUGGUUAUUCUACUGAUGCUUUUAUAUAUGUGUUUUUGUCAACUUCUUUAAAAAACCUUUUUCGGAGGAGAUAA